AUUUCAUGAAUUUGCUUUUAUUUGUGUCCCACAUUUUGCAUCGGAUAAUUUCAAAUUAUAACCGACAAAAGAUUAUUUAAAAUUAUUUUACUGUUCAUGACAAACUAUUUAAAACGCUAUUCGUCUAUCCCGGUGUGCCAGAGAGCGGUUGAGCAAACGUGCAAUCGCAAGUAGGUGGCAAGAGAACAUUCCGCUGGAAUAGUGUGCUCCAACCAUUUCCAUCGGAUGCUUGUGGUGUAAAGUGUAAGCAUCUCUAAACGAUUUCAGCAAGAAAACAAAUCACUGUACAUCUGGCAGAUCUCUGCAACACGACAUUUCAGUCUAGUUGCAUUCACGAGAAUACACGGAACGGUUGAAAAAGCGUUCGCGUGAAGUGAAAGUGUGCGCGAGCUCACGCGGCAGUUUGUUGGAAAGCAAUCGAUUUGGUGUUAGUGAUCAGUAAUGCCCGAUUGCUGCCCGAUUUAUGAAUCAAAAACCAUGUCGGGCGAAGAAAAAGAAUGAGGUGAACAAGAAGACAGCUCAAUUGAUCCUUCGUGAGUGUGUGCGUAUUGCUAUGUUGAAUGGAAAUGCAAUGAAUGAAAUCUCCAUGAGUGAGCGAGCUAGCAACAGUAUGCGCGAAAUGAAAUCCUGCCCAUUGGUGUGAGUGUGGUCGCGUUAGCGGAUGUUUCAUGCGCACGCACACACACGCGCGCGCGCUCGCAUACACACCCACUGCGUACUGAACAACGCCAACGCUAGCGCGAAGGCAGGCGAGCGAGCGUGAAGUAUCACGCACACUAGACAUCAAUAGCUGUUGAGCCAGCGUUUCGAACGCACAAAACGUUCGGUUUUUGUGUUUCGUGGGAGUUAUACAUUGCGAACAAGCGCCAACACGGUGUAAACGCACUAUCGACGGAAGAACGGUUUUCGAGUGUGGAACCGGACGGCAGCAUCAUAUUCAUCAUCAUCAAAAGAAAAGAAAAUCAACCGUGCUUUCAUCCGUUAGAAACAAACCAUAAGCAACAUUGGCAGCGAACCCGCUGCUCGUCCAGACCGCCGAAGCACAUAGUUAUGGAUUCAAUAUGGCUGACGACACACGUAAAGUUCGUGUCGAGGAGCAACUGAAGAUCAAAAUAGGAGAAGCAAAAAGUCUCGUGGGACGCAGCAGCAAUGGUGGUACCACGUCAUCGAAAGAAAACCGAGAUGUGUACUGUACGAUCGCGCUCGACCAGGAGGAAAUUUGCCGGACGCCCACCAUCGAGCGUACGCUUUCGCCCUUCUUCGGCGAGGAGUAUCAGUUCGAAAUACCGCGCCCGUUUCGAUACCUUUCGGUCUACGUGUGGGACCGGGAUCGGCACCUAAAGCAGGACAAACCGUACGGCAAGAUAGCGAUCCGGCGCGAAGAUCUGCACCAGUACAACCAUAAGGAUCACUGGUUUCCGUUGCGACCCGUCGAUGAAGACUCGGAGGUGCAAGGAAUGGCCCAUCUGCUUAUCAACAUUGAUGACGGUGUGGGCAACCUGAAACAGCACACCGGAGAAUUCGAGGACUAUCGGUAUCUUACACAGCCGACAACACUGUCGUGGUUGCAUCAGCAGCACCAGCAGCAGCAACAGCAGCUUCUUCACCAAAAUCAUUUAAACCAGCACAAUCUUCACCAUCAUCAUCUGAACGUACACAGCACAACGGGAACCAGUGGGGGUGGUAUUAUGGUGGGCAGUGAGUCUAAGGAGAACAGUGGUAUUCUCCCGUACCCUACCGCCCACUCGCCAAAUCCAUCGUCCAACAAUGCGUUAAUGUCGGUUCAGCUAAAUAGUUCUGUCGCUAGUACAAAUCUAAAGUUAUUUUACCCAACAAAGGGUAGCAACACGCACACACUCCUCGGCGCGUCUGUAGACGGUGGAGGUGGUGGUGGAGCUGGUAGCCAGAUGACGCCGCUAUUGAAACUUUUCGAUUCCAGUCACACAUCGCCCUUGCUGCUGUCACUGUACACCAAUGGGUCGGGCAAUGGUGAGCUCGUGCACGGGCAUGUGUCCGGUGGUAUGUUAGUAGGCGGUGGAGUCAGCAGUCGGAUCACGAUCAAGCUAACGGAGUGUUUGGAUUUGGCACGCAAAAACGGUCUGUGUGAUCCGUACGCGAUCGUAGUGGCACACUACUCGAACAAAAAAACCAUCACAAAGCGCACGAAGGUGCGGAAAAAGACCAUCAACCCAUCGUUCGAUGAAACGUUCAGCUUUGAUCUGUGCAUUGAUGCUUGCGGGAGCGACUCCUCGAAAAGUGACAGUAACAACAUGUACACGGUAAUGCCGCUCGGUGGGGCGGAUCUUUGCGAAGUCGUCAUUAGCUUCAAGCACGCCAGCCCGGGCAUGGGAGACGACGUAUUUUUGGGCGAGAUUCGCAUACCGGUCCGGGGGAAGCAGCAACAGAAUGCGGUACAGCCGAGCGCCUGGUACUUUCUGCAACCGCGCACGAGUCAAUCGCGACCCAUGCGCACCUGUGCAACGCCACCCGGUACACGGCUGUCCUGCGACAAUUCGCUCGGUUCGUUACGGCUGAAGCUGAACUACACCUCCGACCAUGUGUUUCCGUUAGCGACCUACGAUCAGCUGUACAACGUGCUGAUUCAAUCGAUCGACCAAAAACCCAUCACGGCCAGCGCGGUACACAUUCUUGGUGAGAUCAGUCACAACAAGACGGAGGUGGCGCAACCGCUGGUACGUCUGUUCACGCACACCAACGUAAUCGCGUCGAUGAUAAAAGCGUUAGCUGACCAUGAAAUUUCGAAGCUCACCGAUCCGACGACGAUCUUUCGCGGCAAUACGCUAGUAUCAAAGAUGAUGGACGAGGCGAUGCGACUGUCCGGUUUGCACUAUCUGCACGCAACAUUGCGCCCGAUCGUGGAGGAGAUCUUUGCCGAGAAGAAACCGUGCGAAAUCGAUCCGUCCCGGGUGAAAGAUGUCAGUGCCAUCGAGGGCAAUCUGCACAACCUGCAGGACUACGUCGGCAAAGUGUUCGAAGCGAUCACGAAAAGUGCGGUCAAGUGUCCGGCGAUACUGUGCGAAAUCUUUCACAAUCUGCGCGAAUGUGCUGCCAAAUACUUCCCGCAGAAUAAGGAAGUUCGCUAUUCAGUGGUGUCGGGGUUCAUCUUUUUGCGGUUCUUUGCACCGGCAAUUCUGGGACCGAAACUGUUCGAUCUGACAACCGAACCAGUGGACGAACAGACGACGCGCACCUUAACGCUGAUCUCCAAAACAAUCCAAUCGAUGGGUAACCUGGUGAGCUCACGAUCGGCACAGCAACCGUGCAAAGAGAAGUACACCGAGCAGCUGUAUAAGAAGUUUUGUACGGAGCAGCACGUCGAAGCGAUUAAGCACUUCCUCGAGGUGAUUUCUACUGUCGGCGCUACCAACACCGGCGAAGGGCAAUCGAGCAUACUAGAACCAGUGGUGCUGAAAGAAGGGAUGAUGACGAAACGCGCCCAAGGACGGAAAAGGUUUGGCAGGCGGAACUUCAAGCAGCGCUACUUCCGGCUGACGACACAAUCGCUAAGCUACGCAAAGGCCAAGGGAAAACGACCCAUCUGUGAUAUACCGCUAGCUGAUAUACUGGCUGUCGAACGGCUUAAUGAAAGGAGCUUCAAGAUGCAAAAUAUUUUUCAGAUAAUCAAAAAAGAUCAACGACCCCUCUAUGUACAAACAGCAAACUGCGUGGAGGAGAAAGAGUGGAUUGAUCUGUUGAGUAAGAUCUGUCAAAGCAACAAAGCUCGGCUAGUUAAUUUUCAUCCCAGAGCGUAUAUUAACAGUGCAUGGACAUGUUGCAAUGAAUGUGACCAGUAUGCGCCGGGCUGUACGCCCGUCUCUUCAUCAAGCCCGAUCCAAAUGGAACUCGCGACCGCCCUCGAUCCGGCGCGCGAUCUGCAGCGACUGCAUUCGCUAAUCAUUGCCAACAUUAACAGUUUGGAGGUGUUGGAUCCGACCACGGCCUACGAAGAUCCAAUGGCAGCGCGCAAAACGAUCAAAAAGCUAAACGAAAUUGCCACCACCCUGGAACAGAUUCACCGAAAGUACAAGUCGAUGUUGGCGCGUGACCUCAAGUACGGUAGCCGGCAGGCACCAAUCGGUGACGAUAACUAUCUGCACAUGCCAAGAUCCGGUUUUACGGCGGCAGUUAUGGCGGCAGCAAGUGCGGCAGCAGCUACUACGGGAAGUGGCGGUACCGUGAACGGAUCGCAAUCUGCCAAUUCGUCCUGUAUGUCAAACGCUAACAACAGUGCGGUAGGGAUCGCUAGUGCUGGUUGUACUACAACGUUAGGGCACGGUGGUAUUGGCAGUGUAACGCCGAUCAGUGUCUCGACCCAGCAUUAUCCAGAUGCCAACAUAGCGCACUUUUUCCCUCAUCGAAAUUUGCUGAUGCGCAGUGGAGAUGGAGGUGAUCCCUUGACGCAAUGCUAGCGCCAUGGACACAAUGGGGGGACACCUGGUAGACGAUGUGCGCAAUGCUCGAUGGUGGCGUGUUAGUUAACCGCCACAUGGGACAAUCAUCAUAAACUCUACUUUCCAUUAGUUAUCACAAGACACACACACACACACACACCCACACACGGUACUUCGUGGUAUGGCAAAAAAGAACUAUACGGCGAACGGUUUAAUUUAUUUAUUGUAUAGAGCGAAGAAUUUAUUAAGUAUUGAUUUUUGUUUUGUACGCGGGAUCCGGAACGUUCGAGGAGGAACUUCUCUUGCCUUAAUUAUUGGUGAUCACCGUUUGUCUGCAUGAACGAUAGGCACAGAUAGGAAUCAUCUAUUGCGUUAAAGAGCAGCGAGGUAAAAUGUAAACGAUCAGCAUUAUGCAGCACCAAAAUUAUAGAGCAAUGUUUGAGAGAAUUGUACAUCAUUUUUCCGUUAUUAUUUUCUUGUUUUGUUUUACAAUUGAGACAGCUUAGGUUAGAAUGUUUAGAAUGAGCCACAUCAUUCUCUUCUCUCAGUAGUUGAUAUCGUUGUAGGAAAAAAAGGGGAUCGACACCUAAACCGGCUGUACCACUUAAAGAGUUGUAGCAUAUGUAGUUUUUUUUUUGCAAACAUAAUUUCAAUUAAGAGCUAGGUUCCCUUUUUAUUUUGUAAUUUUGAAUGUCGUUUCGAGCAAACGGCAGAUGUUUUAUGUUGGAGACAAAAAGGAGUGAAAAGAAUUGAGUUUGUUUGCACUUUCAUUUGCUCAUAAACCGUUAGCUGCUGAUAUAUGUAUGUAUAGAGCUCUCUACUCACACACACACUGACACACACAUACACGUUCAAUUGUGUCAAUGUCGUACACUCUUCCAGUCUGAUAAUCAUUCCACUGCGGGAAACAUACAGAAGGACAUAAUUUUUUUUUUCGUCAUUUCGUUACUUUGGCCGACACUGUAGCUAUUCUGUGAACUCUACUGUAAUAUCGUCUAUAUUUUCAAAUUAGAAAACAAUAUGCCUCCUCAGAACAAAGCAACAUAUAUACAUUCUUCGUGGAUGCUAGUAACAAGAUUCUGCCUCAACUACAUAAAAAGCGUUGUUUCAAAUAGUGUAACAACCCAUCAUAAGCCUAAUAUAAUACGUUUACGAUACAUAAAAAAGCCUAAAAUCUGAUAAUUUAAACUACACUGGCUGCUAACAAAGCUGCGUACAACGAAUCCGCACCGAUGCGGUUCCAUGUGCUUGAUAUGUUGUAAUCUCAAACUGUGGUUUACGCGGUCAUAUUAGAUUCUGUGGGUUUCUUUUUUUUUUUGUUCUCUAAACUGCAUUCCUAAACCGGGCCGUAAAACCGACGGCUACGACUACUGACAGAAACAGUAAUGAUAUUGAAAUUGUUGUCUUUUUAAAGCACACAUACACACACACAUCCUAUCUACAGAUGGAUAAUGAAAUGAUUCGAAUUUAUAAUAAGACUCUACACCAAUAUAUUGUGCAAAAGAAAACGGGCAGACAGUUUGUUGUUAUUCAUUUCCUGUUUUAAAUAACCUCUUAACUAUUGACAUUAAACCGAGAGGCAGGGAAGUUAAAAGCCAGCACCAAAAUAACUUAUGCACAUAAAACACAAUUAACUUUAUAGAAUGAAAAUUCGCACUCAAGAUGCAACAUUUGUAUCGAAAGGCGAGUAGAUUGUAAGAUGUGAGGGUAUAGAAUCAGGGGGUCCGGCUCUGUAGAAUUGGCCACACAUCACCUAAUGCAGACAUGCUGCGACAACAACAACAACAACAAACUAUUUUAUUAUCGCGAGUGUGUUUCAAAAAGAUCCCAGAAGGUUGCGUUGCGAUCUUGAGGAUCGACAGGAUCACGCAGGUGUUUGUAUAUGUGUACGUGAAAAUAGAGCCUUGAGAUCUCUUUACACAUCCGUUCAGCUACAAAAUUAAGCAUCCUUGUGCGUGGUGUAGAACGAAUCCAAAAACAAAAAACAACCUGAAUGUAAGAUAGAACAGCCUUUUUACCGUAACACCACCAUGCAGCUGUGCAGAUCAAUGUACCGACUGGCGUACCGAACGGAACGUUACGAUUUACGUGCUGUUUCAAAACCCCCCCGCACCCCCGGGGGUGAAGAUGUAUGAUUACUGUUAGUAGAUAACUUCCCACCAUGGGCGUAAAUACUAAACUUGCAAAACGUAUCUCUCCCUCUGUCAUUACUAAAAGCGUAUGUGAUGUAAUCUACAUAGAUUGAACGGUAAAGCGAUGUGACUAUUAGUGCAAACAGGCAGUGAGCAGAAAGUUCGUAAUAGUAUUGGGUAUUAUGUAUAGUCCAUGUGUGCACUAGAGCCUUCCGCUGAUAUCCUUCCGGAAUCUCGACAUUUAGAAGAAAGAAGAAACAACAACAAAAAACUUGCAUAGGCAAUGGAUAUGGACGGAUGAGAUACAAUUCUAAGGGCAAACGUUGAUACUGAAGAUCUUUGCAAAGAGCAGCAGGAAAAUCUAUAAACAAAAAAUCAUCAACAAGCAACAAAAUCAAUAAUCCAUUCUUCGUUCAUUAGCUGCAGAUUAUGGAAGACAUGAUUUGAUAACGUAGUAAAACAAAAAAAAACGUUAAUUUUGAAAUGUUAGGAGUUUUGAAUGGUUGUUAGCUUUGCAUUUGGUUCGAAUUUCAGACGGGUUAAAUUUCCCUAUUCUAUUUCUCUGUACCAAACGUUUUGUACAAGCUUAACCUUUUACUGAAUUACGCUAUUUCUCAAUCCGGCACACGACACCUCCUUACGACUAAUGCACACACGCAGGGUAUCGCACAAAAACCGAUUGUUUGUUGCCGAUUUGUAAAGUUGUUAUAUACGUACAUGAAUGAGCAUUGGAGGUGUAAUAUGUGUAAGUCAUUUCAGUUCGGCUAACUUCUCUCUAUCGUAUCGUUCUCGUCGACUGGUUCAGGAAGCAGGAAGGGAGAAAUAAGGAUUAAAGGUGAGAAGCAAAAAAACAACAAAAUGUGAGCAAUGGAAAAGUAUACCUAUUAGUGGGACAAAGUUUGUAUUUUAGAUAGGGACAAUUGCUCGAAACAUUACAGGUUUUAAGUGCGCCUGUGAGAAUUGGGCUACGGAAUUGUGGAAUAUUAGGAGAGUAUGCUAAAGAUGCAUAUUAUUAUACACAUAUUAUUAUUAUUAUUAUUAUUAUUAUUAAUAUUAUUAAUUUUAUUGUUGAUGCAUUACUAAUGUGUCAGUUUUUUUUUGUUAGACAGUAAGAGAAUGAAAAAGAAAGAGGAAAAGGAGAAAGAGCGAGAGAAAGAAAAAGAAAGAGGAUGGAUAACUUAAAAACAAACACUGAGUGAACUGUUACAAAACAUAUUUCACUACUCCUGAUUAUGAGAUAAAGAAUAAGAAAUCGCUGAAUGGAAAACAUA